AUGCUUAUUCUUUGCACGGAUUCACUGCAAAAACUGGGAGUAAGCAAAGUGCAUCGUCCCCCUGUGCAUAUUGUUCUCAAUCAGAAAGCCAAUCCUGAUGUUGAAAUGAAUAAAGCUGCUAUCAACAAAAUCAAAGAAGAACUAGAAAAGGUCAAGCUGGACAAAGAAGUUGAACUCAAUGACAAAACGUUUCAUACUCUUCCAUCCGCAUUCAAGAAAGAGCAUUUUCCCGGUGAUCAAGUGACAGCAAAACUUUUGCGUACCGAUCCCGAUUUUAUCGAGAACGUACAACGCCUAUGUGAACAGUUUGUAAGCACAGCUGCCAAAAGUUUGGAGCAAGCACGCGAACAGUUCUCUGAUCCUUUUCGAUGGGUGAAAUUUGCCGCAACCGUACUUGAAAUACUUCGAAAGUUUCCUGAUAUGACAUAUUUCAAUGAUAUUCGCGAACGUGAACAAGAUGAUUUAAUGCGCGAAUGGAUUCGGAAGAUUCUUGAGCAGACGUUUACUGUCCGUCUUCGUCAAGACUUGCUCAAUGAUGCGGUCGGGCAAUCUGUAAGAGAAACCAAAACUAUCUUCGAGUUGAAAUUCCAGACAUUGAAGGAGAAUCUCACUAAUGAGCUCAAAAACCAGUUAAAACUUACAGCAGCUAUGGAAACUGUUCGGAAACGUUCGGAAACUUUUCUCAAUGCUCAAAUUAACAGUCUUCUCUAUGCCUGGAUAGAAUCAGCUAUCAUGAAUAAUGAACGCCAUCAAUUAGAAGAAUUGGUGCACAAAGGUGAGACACAGUUUCAUGAUAUUAUUCAACAGACAAUUGAAGCGAUAAGAAAAAACGAACGUCAUCAUCUCGAGAAGCUCGUGCCCAACGUUGAUACUCAGUUCCUCAAUGACAUUCAAGCGACAAUUCGAGACACUAGUCGAUUGAGUGAAGAACAAGCCGGAAAUAUUUUCGACAAAAUAUGGAACAACACUUAUCCUCGUGUAGCAUCAGAAUUCAAACAUGAUAACCAAAUUCGAUCAGCUUUACAGUUUGUCUAUCGCAAUUAUCAUAUCUUUGAAAAAUCAAAUCUGCCAGACAUCAGGGCUUUGUUACCGUUACUUGGUGACAUUCCUCGAUCGACGGAAGCUACUCCAGCCACGCCUCGAUCCAACGUCGACAGAAUGGCACAAGAGCAGAACGAUAUGCAAAUACUUCGGACAAUACAGAAAAAAUGCAUUCAAAACAUGUCUAGUCACACUCCCAUCGAAGAACUUCCGUUUAAAUAUGAUACAACGGCCGAAUACACGCGAAUGACAAUAGACAGUUUUACACAUUUAUAUGUUCCCACUAUUAUCAAGGAAUAUGAUAGGUAUCAUAAAGACGGAAGGACGGGUAUUUGGUCUCGAGAAUUCCAUCUACACUUAAGACGAUUUAUUCUUAAAAAAGAUUCUGCGCCCACUACAAAUGAUGAACAGUUUGGCAUUUGGAAAAAACUAUUGCAUGUUGAAAAAGACUUUGACAAACUUCUUCAUAUUAUAUGCAGUCUGGUAGUUUUGGACAGAACAGGCGCUCGUUUUCGACCAGUAAACAUUGAUUUGGUUCAACAACUUGUCGGGAUGGUUCUCGGCCAUAUUCGUGAAAUCAACAAUGAACUUGAUAUAUUCAAGUUGGCUGCUUCGAAACAUUAUCUGGGGAUGGUGCACACAUAUACCGUUCUUGUCCUGACAAAAUUCUACUAUGAUGAACAAUGGCGCUUUUUCGACGAGGUUCUUGUGAAAGUGCGCGAAAAACAGCCUGGUUGGCGGGCCUACUUUAUUGCAAUGGUAACCCAGGAUCAAAAAUCAGAUCCAAGGUUUGCUGAGGAUUUAGUCAAAGUGUUCAUCGAUUCUGUAAUUCAAUAUUUUCAAACAAAAGUAAAAGAGAAAAUCAAGGAACAAAUCGACAAAGACAAAAGAAAGCUUGAUCGACUUACCAUUUUGACCGAACUCGACAUAGAAGUAGCCACUAUGAAGGAUGAAGAAUUGUAUUAUUACAUCGAGCAUCCAGACAAAACCAUUCAGAAUAAGUUCGAAAAAAUUUGGAGUAGUACAAAGGGAGCGAUUGAGUUAUUCAUUACGCAACAGAAAGAAGAAUGCAAAUUAAUCAUCAAUCAAUUUUUCCAACUUCUUCAAAUAAUCCAAACAGUCUUGCAGCAGUACCAAGCCGAUAAGGUGACCUUCAUUAGUGAGCUUUUCAACACAUGUGACAGCUCAGAUGCUUUGAACAUUGCAAAUAAGGGUCGGUGCGUAUCUCUUCUUCUCUACGGCUACUUCAGCAAACAGAAUCCGCUACCCCGUCAAUUUCAAUUAUUUAACGUUACCUACAUGCUAUCAGAGAUCGGCGCGCAGAUGAUACAAAGUUUGCCAUCACCGAGUGAUUAUGUGACAACAAUUCUAUCGACGAUGACUGACAAAUUUAAUUCGACACCUAUAUGCAACCUGGCUACUUUUGUGCAAAAAGGUCUUGAUCAAAGGUCCAUUGCGACUGAAAGUUUCGAAAAUAAAUCGAAAUAUGCUAUCCAAGAGUUGGACGACCUCUGUUCUAUGGAAGAACAGAUAUUCGAGAGCAAGCAAUGUUCAAGAAAAUGUCCCUGUUGUAAUCGGAUCUGCGAUAUGGAUCAUACGAACGAAAGCAAGGAAUUCGCUCCUGGUGUAGGUGAUAACUUGCACAAUUGUCAAAUUGGUCAUCAAUAUCGUGCUUUCGCCGGGGUGAAACACAUAAACAAAAAUGCAGUGACUGGACUUCACGAGGCAUCCAUGCAGCGGUGUGAAGGGAUGCGCGACCGCGACGUGCUAUGUAUUGGAAACGUGACCAAUAGAAUGACUUGGGCGGCUUUUAAACUGAGGCACGCAGAUUGGCAUUGGGCUCUUACACUACAUGAGAUAGAUGCAUCCUCAAAGAAACUAUCAACCAAUCUUCCAACUAUUUGGAGACGG